AAUGUUCGGUGGUCCUUGUAAAUAGGAACCCCUCCCCUCGGAAUGAAAGCAGUGAGCGAACGACACAGAACCUUAAACAUAACAGAGAAACGGAUGAAAAAUACUACUUUUCUACAAAAGGAACAAAAUCGUCUCGAAUUUCCAACGGGCAGUCAUCAUGGGAAAGCUGUGUGAGCUGGCCCUGGUGUCUCUUGCCCUCCUGGUUCUGCUUCAUACUGACUCUACAUGGGCCAAGAGAAGUGGCAGCAGCAGCAGCAAAAAGACAUCAUCCAGCAACAGGGGCUCAGAAAAAAAGCCGUCGAAAACAUCAAACACACAGACGGGAAGCUACCCUAGACAACCCCAAAGCCCCAAUAGGAACCCCAACCCGUACCCAGCAGGAGGUACUUAUCCAGGGAGAGGUACCAAUCAGAAUCAGAACCCAGCCGGUGGAUACCCUGCAGCAGGUGGAAACCCCAACCAGCAGUAUCCAGGCCGGGGAACCAACCAAGGAGGAUAUCCUAACCAAAACCCUGCUGCUGGUGGCUAUCCUGCUGCAGGUGGCUACCCCAACCAGCAGUAUCCAGGCAGAGCCAAUCCUGGGGGAUAUCCAAACCAGAACCCUGCAGCUGGAGGUUACCCAGCCGCUGGUGGCUAUCCUGCAGCAGGUGGCUAUCCCAACCAGCAGUAUCCAGGCAGAGCCAAUCCUGGGGGAUAUCCAAACCAGAACCCUGCAGCUGGAGGUUACCCAGCCGCUGGUGGCUAUCCUGCAGCAGGUGGCUAUCCCAACCAGCAGUAUCCAGGCAGAGCCAAUCCUGGGGGAUAUCCAAACCAGAACCCUGCAGCUGGAGGUUACCCCGCCGCAGGUGGUUAUCCUGCAGCAGGAGGCUACCCCAACCAGAACCCAGGGAGAGGAGGAGUAAAUCCGGGAUACCCAGCCGGAGGUUACCCUGCUGGAGGUUACCCAGUAAGAGGGGGAAAUACUGGCUGGGGGCAGGCAGGGGGCCACCCUGGUGGAGGGAUGGGAGGAGGUUACCAACCCAACUGGAACCCAAACAAUAAGAUCCUCAGUCCCCGCUAUGGUGGAGGCUAUGGUUAUGGAGGUGGGCACGGAGGUAUGGGAGGUGGCUCUCCCUUCUCACGCUCAGUUCAGGGAAUGGGGCAGUACCCCUCUACUCAGUCCAAGGGGUUUGCUAAGAAGGCUUUUAUGGCUGCAGGGGUUGGGGCCGUGGCAGGUAUGGCGGUUGGCUACGGCCUUGGGCGUUUCCCUCGUCCACACUUCAACUUCCGCAACCCUCAGGAAGAGCAGUCCUACAACAACUACAUGUACAGAAAAUACGGCGAACGCUCCACAGACGAAAACGACUAUGGCCGGGACUACACCUACAAAGUACCUCCGCGGGCAGAGUCCUACGACAGCUUCAUGGAUACCUGCAUGAAGAGGAAUGACCUUCUGCAGGACCAGGGCAGAGACUCCCAGGCCACACCUAACAACCAGAAGAACAACCCUCAGGGAGCCAACAGCCAGAGCAUGCCCAUCACUACUGAGGUGGGGAACAGCAGUCCAGCUAGCAACCAGGAGGGAACAGACAAAGUGAAGCCUCUCACCCCUGGCGAGAUAGCUGGAGAGUUUAAGGAAGAGGUUGACGGCCCCACAGUGAGCAUUGAAGAGAUUGGUUACCCUGCAUUGGUGGAGCAGCUGAAGAACCGGAAGUGUGUGGAGCUGUACAUAAACCAAUCGGAGCGCUUCUUGGAGAAGCAGACAGCUGAACGCAGCAGCAGCAACAACAACAACAACAACAAAAAUCUGAACAGUCGCAGUAACCCCCUUGGCCAGGGGCUGGUACAGCUGAUAACCAGUCUCCUCAUCGUCCUUAGCAGCACUCUUCUACUGCACUGAGACGUACAGUAGGUGUGUCCCAGUUGUCUGGAAUAGCUUCAUUUCAUUGUCCCCCUUCCUCAUCAUGCCACUGAUAUCUUGUGAGGAUAGGUUAAUUAAGUACGGUGAAGAUAUAACCAGUACUUUCACUUAUCAGUGGUCAUGAUGGAAAGGAAGCAAGUGGAAAAUAACUUCCAGGGACACGGGUGCACGAUAAGGUCCAUUUCCUCCACAUUUUAUGGUGGCAUUUGAGCUUUAAUAUAGUUUUACUGUUUGUCUAAUGGCCCAUCUCAUUUGUGUCUUUAACAUUUGCACUGAUCUGUCAAUUUGGAUCUUCGCUGUAGUACUUCUAGACUUCUUUUCUAUUGCAAUUCUUUUUUUCAUUGCACUUUUUGUUUCAGAGCAGUUUCUGGUAGAAUACUCUGUUGAUCACUGUAUUUUGUUCUGUAAAACUCUAAUUUGUUCAGGUCAUGGCAAAUGCAUGAUGCUUUAAUAUUGUAUCUCUGCAUCUAUUACGAAAUCUCUGUAUAUAACACUAACACACAAACACUACAAGUACAUACAAUAUAAAGCUUACUAUUGACUCUGGAUAUCUAUCAGGUUGUACGGAGGCACUAACCAAUUUAAAUUUUAGCCAAUUGUAAACUCUUAUGUGAUGAGGCAACUAUCAUCUGACUCUGGGUAUUCAGUGUCUUUUUGCCAGUGUGGUUCCACAUGAAGUACAUAAAGCAUUGUCGCCUGUAUGCCAGAUAUUAGCUGGAAAUCAAUUUGCUCAGAAUAUUUUUUUUGGUGAACUAAACAGUACAUUAUACUCUACUGUGAUAUUUAUAUUUGUACUGUAAAGAGUCCAUCUUAUGUGGUCUGCAGCAAUUGGUUUUAAAAGUUGCCUGUUCCUAUUUUUCUUUAGUUCUCUCUUGUCCCAUACCUCUCUACCUCCCCAUCUAGUCUCCCUCUCCAUGUCCUCCUGUCUCCUGGUUAUCAGAAGUGCACUUAUUUCUCUUGCCGAAUGGAUAUAAACGACUCUUCUUUUCCUUUUUUCCCAAGCAUGUAUUUAGUGAUGAACAUAAAACAUGCAUUGUUUCAAUGUGUUUUGGAAAUUUAAAAUAAGCCCUUUGCCAUGCUAGAACUAAAUGGUGAAUAUUACUUGGCCUUUAAAUAUCGCAAGUCUUCUUCCAUUUUCAAGGUACAGGAUGAAUAAAAACAAAAUAAAUCA